CAGAUUUUACCCCAGCUCUGUGAACUCUAUGUCCAGAAGAGCCGGAUUUCCAGCUUGCUGUCUCUCUCUUCCUCGCUGGCUCUCAACAUACUGGAUGCUGACAGCAAUGAGAUCGGCUCCCUGCAGCAGGUCCUGCAUGUGCUUGGAGGACUCCGCAGGCUGAGACAUCUCAAACUCCAGGUGAGUUUGGGGCCUACUAUAAAGUACUAACGAGGCAGGGCAUUCAGAUCAGAUUCAGCUUGCUUUACGAGCUGGCCAAGGGCUGCCUCUAAUUCCCAGAUACGUUUACAUACUAACGUCCGCAGGAUGAGGAGGUUGGAAUAAAGGGGCCGUGGAACGAAACCUGGCCAAUUCUCGUUCUGGUUACAGAUCUAUAUAGAAACCUGGGAGUCACCAGUUCACACUGGGCUACCAAACUUGCAAAUUUGGUAGAGGGCCACCCCAGGGUGUGCUGGGUACUAAGCCAGUCCAUUCACCCACCCUUGUGCUGGUCUGCGGGUUCUAGCGCUGCAGCCUGGGGGCUAUGAGGAAGAAAAACCCCUUCCAUCCAUGUACGAAGUGUCGACGCUGCCAUGCUACAGCGGCACAGCUGCCUCGCCAUACCAGUGCCAGUGUAGCUGCCGUCAGGGUUGUUGCUCCAGAGAACCACUGGGUCAGUAAUUACUUGUGCUUUAUUCCCCCACCACAACUUUACAAGGGCAACCCGCUGGCCCGGGAUAGCCGCUACGUCGCUGCAAUCAAACAGGCCACUUCCGUGGAGCUCCUGGACGAUAUGCUUCUUGGGGACCCACCUCGCUGCUCAGCCUUGUCUUUGUUCAGCUGGUCUCUAGUGGCUGGUUUGGUGGACUCAGGUCAGACCAAGGAGGAUCUGAAAAAAUCAGCUAGGAGGAUCUUCCUGGAGAGACGGCAGCAUCAGACAGAGAGCACUGAGGGCGUCGUACAUCACUUGCAUAGCAGAAUACUGGACCUGUGGGAAGAGCUGAGAGAAUACGAAGAAACCUUCAGAACAGAAGUGGAUGGCUGCAUAAGGUACAUUGAUGCUCUCCCAUCUGAGGAUAUCCAGGGCUUGGUUAAUCCUCAGGAGAUCCCGAAUGCUAUGGAGAAGUACCUGUUCACCAAGUUCUGGGAGAGGUGGCAGCAUGGCAGAAGGAAGCCGGCCAAUAUACCCUACAAGGAGCUGACCAAACCUGAGGAAGUGAUUAACUCUGUGGUUCGGCUGCUUUCGAACCCACCGCUCCAUUCACCUCCUGGCGAUGCCAACGCCUGGUGCCAUUUCUGGUACCUGAACUAUCAGUACGAGUGUUAG